AUGGAAAACGUUAGUGACGUGGCGAGUGACCGAUCGAUCGUUAAGGAGAAUCCAACGCAGAAACGGAUCGGUCUAGUGAAGCGGCUCGCCUUUGUUUCUAACCAGCUCAAGCGCUUGGCAUCAGUCUCUAGAGAGAGUGAGCCACUUCGGACGGACCAGUCGAAGUCAACGACCGGUCAAGCCUUGAAAGGGCUCAAGUUCAUCAGCAUGGCCGAUGGUGGCGCUGGUUGGACCGCCGUGGAGAAGCGGUUUGUUAAGAUCACGUCCACUAGUGAUGGAUCACUGCCUCGGUCAAAAUUCGGUGAUUGCAUAGGGAUGAAUUCAAAGGACUUUGCGUUGGAAUUGUUCGACACAUUAGCAAGAAGAAGGAAUAUGACAGGGGAUUCGAUUGAUAAGAAACAAUUUAAAGAAUUUUUGGGAACAAAUAAGCGAUCAAAGCUUCGAUUCAAGGCUUAUGACGUUUUUCGACAUUUUAAGGGAUUUCUCAAAUGCAGGAUGGAUAAAGAUGCAAAUGGUAGAUUAACCGAAGACGAAGUUAGAGAGAUUGAGAGUCUUAAGAGCUUGCCUCUACAAGCAGAAACACAAUCUGUAGUCACAAAUAAUGAAGAAAGAAAGAAGCUAAACGACAUGCUAAAUGAAAAGCUUAAACCUACACGUGACCCUAACAUAUUAAAAAGAUGGUAUUGUGGACUAAGGUUCUUCGUGUUGGAUAGUUGGCAAAGAAUUUGGGUCAUCGCGCUUUGGCUCACGGUUAUGGCCAUACUCUUCAGACACAAGUAUAUUCAGUACAAGAACAGAGAAGUUUACGAAGUGUUGGGGCAUUGUGUGUGUUUGGCCAAAGGUGCAGCAGAGACGUUAAAGCUGAACAUGGCCGUGAUUUUGUUACCUGUGUGCAGAAAUACCAUCACAUGGCUUAGAAAUAAGACUAAGUUUGGUGUUGUUGUUCCUUUUGAUGACAACCUCAACUUUCAUAAGGUUAUAGCGGUGGGGAUUGCGAUAGGAGUAGGCAUACACUCGUUAACCCACUUGGCAUGCGAUUUCCCACGGCUAAUCGCGGCAAGUCCGGAGGCAUACAUGCCUCUAGGCAAAUUCUUCGGGGAAGAACAACCAAAGAGAUACUUACAUUUUGUGAAAUCAACAGAAGGAAUAACAGGGCUAGUAAUGUGUCUCUUGAUGGUAAUUGCUUUUACGCUUGCUACGCCUUGGUUUAGACGAGGGAAGCUACAAAAACAACUUCCGGUACCAUUAAAGAAACUCGCUAGCUUCAAUGCCUUUUGGUAUAGUCACCAUUUGUUUGUUCUAGUCUACAUUCACCUUGUCAUUCACGGAUACAACUUGUAUCUUAGUAAGAAAUGGUACAAGAAAACGACAUGGAUGUACUUGGCAGUACCAGUAGCUCUCUAUGCAUGUGAAAGAUUGAUACGAGCAUUCAGAUCCAACAUUUGGACAGUAACAGUUGUUAAGGCCGUGAGUUAUCCAGGAAACGUAUUGACUUUGCACAUGUCAAGACCUUCAAACUUUGAAUACGAGAGUGGUCAAUACAUGUUCAUAAAAUGUCCAGCAAUCUCACAAUUUGAGUGGCAUCCAUUUUCAAUAACUUAUAUAAAAUCACUGGGAGAUUGGACAACGGCUAUUAAGGAAGUUUUCUCUGAGGUUUGUAAGGCAUCUCAGGCCGGAGACAUGUUGCAUGGUGCAAAUAAUCCCGAGUAA